AUGAGGAUGUUUCUAAUAAUUCUCUCCACAGUUAAUUUUGUAAGUGCAAGAUCUCUAUCUAGAAAGCAUGCAUCGCAUCACAGCACUCAUCACAGCCACUACCCAACAAUGAGUAGUUUUAAGCACCAUCAUAGCGUUUUUCACCGCCCUAAUAGCAGAUCCCUUGGAGAGGUGGGGUUAACUGGCGCAAGAAGAGUAUCCCCUGUUUAUUUGCCGGGAUAUUCAAGUCCUUUGGUUGCAGAUGCUGGCUCUAAUGCCGGGGAAAGUGGGAUUACGCUGGCCCCAAGAGUUAUUAAUGGCUCUCAAGAGAGAAAUGUAGGAAUAUAUGUUUCUCCAUCAAGAAAUGGAAGGUCCAUAAGCAACAGAAACAGGCUGAUUAAUCUACAUCAUCUAAUACACCAUGCACAAGGGGAGGCGUUAAAAGCAAAAGCCAUAAGUUCUGCUGCAAGAUUUGAGGCCAGUGCACUGCUUGCACAGAAGCAGGAGUUAAAUGCAAAGAUAAUGGACAACAAGGCUAAGAUGUUGCAAGAGGAGGAGGAGAGGCUUGUUGCUCAAAGGUCUGCCGACCCGCUGAUACUGGUGAAGGACACCGUCCCCAUUGCAAAUGUGGCGAAUAACAAUUUGAGCUUUGAACACCAUAACGAGCUUCUAAGCCAGAAGCUUAACAUGAUAAAGAAAGACCAAGAUGACGCAGUAAAGAAAGCAGAAAACAUUGCAAGACUCCACAAGGCAAGAACAAAUGUUCUUCCAGAUAGUCUGGUUGCCUCUAACCCAAAUCAGUUUAAGGACUUCGUUAAUAGUGGGCCUACCCAGGACUUGACCUUUGAGAUUCCUGUUGAUCCAUCAACGGGAAAUUAUUAUAUCUCUACUAAUCCUGGAGAGGACCUCCAAGGUUCUGAGACAAAGCUAACAACAGGAGAUCUGCCCUAUUUUGUCGCCCAUGGAAGCAGCCUUGGUUCAGAUAACUCUGGCAGUUUCUUGGAUGCUGAUGGUCUGAAGGCUCAUUCCUAG